UUAGUGACGAAACUUGGAAAGGAGAAUGGGUGUGUGUUUGUGUGUAUGGGUGAGAGAGCAGAAGAGAGAGAGUUAGGAAUAAGGACGAGGACUGAUUUCACACACGUACGUAAGUGAAGGAGUGUGUGUGGCGAGGCAAAAUGCCCACUAACUUCACGGUGGUGCCGGUGGAGGACUGUAAUGCUUCGAGUUCAAACGGUGAUGGGAAUACCACAGGAGAGGAGAGGCAAGAACAUGUGUUUGGACCUUCCUCAGGUGAUGAAACCCCUGGAGAGGACAGUCCCUUCCUUAGUGUUCCUGACUAUGACAGAAGCUGUGACGGGAAAAACAUGGCGCUCUUCGAGGAGGAAAUGGACAGUACUCCAAUGGUGUCGGCCCUCCUCAACAAGCUGGCCAAUUAUACCAACCUGCCCCAAGGGGUUGUAGAUCAUGAGAAAGCUGAGAGUGAGGAUGGGCUCAAGAGGGUCACCGUCAAGGGCCCUCAGAUGGGCACAUUUAUUGGUGUGUAUCUCCCCUGUGUGCAAAACAUUUUGGGUGUGGUUUUAUUUCUGCGCCUUACCUGGAUUGUAGGCACAGCUGGAAUUUUAGGCUCCUUUGCCAUUGUCUUCAUGUGUUGUGCUUGUACUUUACUGACUGCGAUAUCUAUGAGUGCUAUUGCAACUAAUGGAAUGGUUCCAGCUGGUGGCUCAUAUUACAUGAUCUCUAGGGCACUGGGUCCAGAGUUUGGAGGGGCUGUUGGGUUAUGCUUCUACCUCGGUACAACCUUUGCUGGAUCCAUGUACAUACUGGGCACAAUAGAGAUCCUUUUGAUGUACAUAGUGCCAAAUGGACUUUCGUACAACGAGCAGCUGAAUCAUAUGCGGGUGUAUGGAACAUGCUGCUUGGCCCUCAUGGCUCUGGUGGUAUUUGUCGGGGUCAGAUAUGUAAAUAAACUGGCACUGGUCUUUCUUUCCUGUGUGAUUCUGUCCAUCAUGGCCAUCUAUGCUGGAGUCAUCAGGACUGUCAUCAGCCCACCAGAUUUUAAAAUAUGUCUGCUUGGUAACCGCACACUACAAAAUAUGAAGUUUGAUAAAUGCAUGAAGACAGAAGUGAUCAACAAUAUAACCAACACAACAGACCUGUGGAACCUGUUUUGUAGUUCAUCUUCCCUUAAUGCAACCUGUGAUGAAUACUUUACACACAAUAAUGUAACAGAGAUCCUGGGCAUUCCAGGCCUGCUAAGUGACGUUAUCAAAGGUAACCUUUGGGGACUUUAUGGCUCUGAAGGCAAGCUGGUAGAGGCGAAGAACCAGGCGUCAUUUUCAGCAGAGCAUAUAAAAGACUCUGAGAAUAACGUACCAGACCAGUUGCCAUAUAUCUACAAUGACAUCACCACUUUCUUCACAAUGAUGGUGGGCAUCUACUUCCCCUCAGUCACAGGAAUCAUGGCAGGAUCGAACCGGUCAGGAGAUCUAAGGGAUGCUCAGAGGUCUAUUCCCAUUGGCACCAUUAUGGCAAUUGGUACCACUUCCAUCAUCUAUAUUUCUUGUGUAGUGUUGUUUGGGGCCUGCAUGGAGGGAGCGUUAUUGAGAGAUAAGUUUGGGUUUUCUGUGAAACAAAGCCCAGUCAUCGGCACUCUGGCUUGGCCUUCACCAUGGUUGAUUGUGAUUGGCUCCUUCUUUUCUUGCUGUGGUGCCGGAUUACAGAGUCUGACUGGAGCCCCCAGGCUUCUGCAUGCUAUUGCACACGAUGGACUCAUUCCUUUCCUACAGGUAUUUGGUCACAGUAAAUCAAAUGGUGAGCCAACCUGGGCAUUGCUGCUAACAGUAGGAAUUUGUGAAAUUGGGAUUCUUAUUGCUUCUGUGGACAAGGUUGCUCCUAUUCUUUCAAUGUUUUUCUUGAUGUGCUACCUUUUUGUAAACUUGGCCUGUGCUGUCCAAACACUCCUACGCACCCCAAACUGGAGACCAAGGUUUAAAUUCUAUCACUGGAGUCUUUCAGUCCUGGGCAUGACUCUUUGCAUCUCUCUAAUGUUUGUUUCAUCCUGGUAUUAUGCCCUGGUGGCCAUGCUACUUGCUGGAUGCAUAUAUAAAUACAUUGAAUACAGAGGGGCGGAGAAGGAAUGGGGCGAUGGAAUUAGAGGGCUGUCCUUAAAUGCUGCACAGUACGCACUUAUCAAGUUAGAAGACACACCACCUCAUACCAAGAACUGGAGGCCCCAGCUUCUGGUGUUGCUAAGUCUUGACUCUGAUUUGGCGGUGAAGCAUCCGCGACUACUCUCCUUCACGUCUCAGCUGAAGGCUGGAAAAGGCCUGACCAUUGUGUCUUCAGUGUUGCAGGGAUCCUAUAUUAGUCGGAGUGGUGAUGCCAAACGGGCGGAAACAAAUGUCAAGGCAGCCAUGUCCUCAGAGAAAACAAAAGGCUUCUGUCAUAUUGUGGUGUGCUCUAACUUGAGAGAUGGUUUCUCCAACUUGAUCCAGUCAGCUGGUUUGGGCGGCAUGAAACACAAUGCUGUAUUGAUGGCAUGGCCAAGCAACUGGAGACAGGCUGAGGAUGCAACCUCCUGGAAAAACUUUAUCGAGACAGUGAGAGAGACGACUGCUGCGCACCAGGCCCUGCUUGUGGCAAAGAACAGUGACAUGUUUCCGAGCUACACAGAGCGUCUGACUGAGGGAACCAUUGAUGUGUGGUGGAUCGUUCAUGAUGGAGGGCUGCUCAUGUUGCUUCCAUUCUUGCUCCGCCAGCACAAGGUGUGGAGAAAAUGUAAGAUGCGCAUCUUUACCGUGGCACACCUGGAUGACAACAGCAUUCAGAUGAAGAAAGAUCUGCAGAUGUUUAUGUAUCAGCUGCGUCUUAAUGCUGAAGUAGAGGUGGUUGAGAUGCAUGAGGGCGAUAUUUCAGCCUUUACCUAUGAGAGGACCUUAAUGAUGGAGCAGCGUUCUCAAAUGCUAAAACAAAUGCAGCUGUCCAAAACCGAGAGGGAAAGAGAGAUUCAAUGCAUUGCAGACGAAUCCAGGAGCUCCAUUAAAAGAAGGAACACAAAGGACCAGUCUCCUAACACUUUACAAGUGCCUGGGAUGGAAGUACUGGAGCAUGAGGCUCACACGUUUCAUGAGAGGAAUUCUAAGGGCCAUGGUAGUGAUCAAGAAAGGAACAGCCCUGACUCUCAUCAUGUCCACAUGACUUGGACCAAAGAGAAAUUUGUUGCCGAGAGGCAUCGUCACCGUGAGGCUAACACAGGCAUCCGGGACAUUUUUAACAUGAAACCAGAGUGGGAGCACCUAAACCAGUCCAAUGUCAGAAGAAUGCACACUGCAGUUAAAUUGAAUGAAGUUGUGGUCAACAAAUCCCAAAAUGCACACCUUGUUUUACUGAAUAUGCCGGGACCACCUAAAAACAAAGAUGGGGAUGAGAACUACAUGGAAUUUUUGGAGGUGUUAAUGGAAGGUUUGGAGCGGGUUCUGCUUGUACGAGGUGGAGGAAGAGAGGUCAUCACCAUUUACUCAUAGUUCACAGUGAAAAUGACUAAAACUCAGGAAAAGUAAAAAGUAAGGAAAUAGGUAUAACAUCAUUUUAACCACGCUGGGAUAGCCAUUUAGACCUGUGCAAAAAUUCAUUAUUGGUCAAACAUUUUCUAUAAUUUAAUGUAUGUAUUUAUAUUAUGGUAUCAAUACCAUAAAUGCAGUAUAAAUGUUAAAAUUCCUUACAUAGUACUGGCAUUGGUUUCACAAUGGCUCAUCCCCUCUCAAUUUUAUGACAGUGUUAAUAUUCAAGUUCCAACUAGUCAAUGGGAUUUAGUCACUGUAAACUGAUUGUUCCUACUUUAUACAACUUUUAUAGUAAAUGAAAAGUAUAAUAAUAGGCCCCUGACAAACACAUUAAGAAUAAACCAUGUAAUGCAGUGUGA